AUGAUAAACAAUGGAAAUAUAAAAAACGAAAUGGAACAAUUUUGUAAAUUUUUUCAGUAUGAUAAUAACAACUCUUUUUUGUGUAAUGACUAUUGUGAAUAUAUGAACAACUUCUUCGCGAGUGAAGCUCAAAUGUAUUUUGGUGCAAAAUACCACUUUGACUCAUUCGAUAAGUUUACAAGUCUGCCUGUACCUACCCCAAUUUCCAGCUUAUCCAAUUUUAAAAAAAUUAAGAGGGAAUAUUUUGCCAAAGGAGAGAAAAACCGGUAUGGCAAAAAUGCUCUUUUUAAAAAAAUUAUAAAAAAUCAUCUAGACUUAGUGGAGAAGUACACAUGUAACCUGGGGACUCGACCCAGAGCGGAGUUCGCUAAGUUUGGGAAAAGAGGUAGAAGAGGAGAAAAUGGCUUUCCCAUUAAGUCUAAAAGUAUCCUCCGCAAAUAUUUCAAAAUAGGGGGGGGGAAUACGAAGACAGGAAAAAAUUCACAAACCAGGGGAAAUGUCGUUAAACAAAACAACAAUGAUGGGCUGAAGCAAUCGAUUAGAGAGAUCCCCAAAGAAAAAAAAAUUCUGCACCGGGAUCUCCAAAUGUCAAGUGACGAAAAGGGGAAAUUCUUAAAAAGGAUAAACCUACAUUUCAGCAAUUGUGAGAACAGCGUCAUAGACAUUCUUUUCUCCCCACAUGAUGAAAAGUGGGUUAACGGAGUUUUCCUUUUGCGAAAAGGACUAACUGACCAGUUUGAAGAAGAGCGAGAUGAUAAAUCAACAAAAUCGGAAGGUGUUUACAGGGAUGCACAUUUUGUUACACACGACCAAAGGGUUCAAAUUGUGUCCUAUGACGAUAUGGAGUUUUACAAACGGAUGAGAAAAAGGCUGAGGAACAAGUGCAAAAAUGAAGCGGGCUUCUCAACAACCAGCCGUUGGAGGAGUACCCCCUGCGCAAGAAAGAAAGUUAUAAAUGUACUCUGCCGAAAUGGAAGCUGCACAAGGGGAAAAACGGAUCAUAAACUCGAAGGAGGUCGAAAUGAAUCCAAAGUGUACACACUUCCUUCCCGUAAACAUGUACAGACACACCUCGAAAGAAAUAACGCCCCACAAAAUGGUAACGGCCAACUCUUUGUCAAUUUGGGUGGGGUCAAAUACGGGUGCCUCAAAGAAUAUCACUCACUUUUCAAUUACCAAAAUGGAUUCGCUCACGGCCGCCGAGAGAACAACAAGAUAGGGAUGAAAAAACCACAUCGUGCUGGCCCAGAAGGGGGGACUACGAAAUGGUAUCCCUGCAGCGAUAGCGAUGUGAGUUUUAGCAAUUCGCAAAAAAGCUGUGGACGGUGUUUUACGGAAGAGGGAAACCCAGAUGGCAUGAAGUCGUCCCAAAUGGGUCAUUCUAAUGGUAACAAUCCCCUUCAUGAAAAAGUAACAAACGGGAAAGACAAUGGCAGCGUCCAUGGAAACGGCUAUGGGAACGGCCAUGGGAACGACAAUGAGAACCACAAUGGGCAUAAGUUUUACCUAACAAGCAGCACGACGUGCACGAGCGCAUCCAAGUCUGAGGCUAACCCCAUUGGUGACAUUUGUAAUGACGAGCGUAAAGACGGUUCCGUCUCAUCGGACCAAUUCAAAAAAAUAUACGAGGAGGCUAAUAUGAAGAAAGGAAAUAAUAACUACACGAAUGACAUCCAGGAUGUGUGCACCCACUUCUUCACGAGAAACGUGGUACAACGUCUACCCAUGGGUCACUCGGAACAAUGGGGCAUAUGUUGCCAAUCCAAGUUGAGUGAAAAGGUUCCAGAGCUGCAUUUUAAGCAUGCACAGGUAGAGGAAGACAAAGUGAAUAUUUCCAAUAACGAACGGUUACGCGGCGUAGCCUGGGAUUACCCACGUGGAUGUAGUAAGAACUUAGGUGAUAGCAGGGUGGAUUCCCUCCAUGGGAGAGUUUUAUCAGCCCGUGGUGCGCCUGUCAACCUCCCGGAACGAAGUUAUGUAACUAUAACUCAUUCGAAGUGUAAUUGCCACGCGGUUGGAUUGAUGCUUAGAAAGUCACUAAAUGAAGAAGAAAACGAAAUGGAGAAUAACCACCGUGAGGGAAGCGGCACACUGGGGGGCAAAAUACCAAUUGACCCCUCCGAUCAGGCAAAACUUUCAUGCAAAAAUGGGAGAAUAGGAGGAGGAACAAAUCCCAUCAUCUUAGACACUCAUCAGUUGGAGAAAAAAGAAAAAUUUCCACUUAAACCGAAAGUCUACUGGAGCAAAAGGAGGCUCUUUUGGGAGGAAAGAAAUCCCAAGGGAGAAAUAACAAAAAGAAAGCAAAAAUUAAUGCGUAACGGAACGAAGACAAAUUAUCACCAAUGUGGAAAAGGCUCAAUAAAAGAUGGGGAAGACGAUCAUGCCCAUUCGGAGAAAGACGUUUUACCGUUGAAGGGGGGGAUUCACAUCGGUCGUGGAUCUGAAGAGUGUGAGAAACAUCCACUUAGGAACUUCUCCUUUGCUAGGGACUCGACAUGUACAUUGAGGAGUAUCCCUCUUCUUCACAAAAGGACGCUCACAAAUGAACUGUCGUCUCCUCGGGAAAGAUACAUAAUAGGCAGCAGUGGAAAUAUUCAGAAGAGAAGUUACACAACUUCCUGCAUAAAGGAGAGCUCCAUAUUAAGAAAUAGAAAAAAUUUACCCGCGGACAUUGUGUCCUUAGCGGUUGCAAACAAAUAUGAAAGAAUGAGGAGCAGAAGUGGACAAUCCUGUGCGGAUUCCAGUAGGGAGUCCUCCACCACGCUGUCUUCUAAUCCCGCGCGUGUUGGGAGGCCAAGACGAGGGGAACGAGGCAGGAGGGGACUGCGAACGGGUCACUCAUAUGAUGAGAGUCCUCCUAAGGGCGAUCUUCUACCCCCCAUCAUUGUGGAAAAAGAUUACCAAAUGGCAGAUGGAUCAGACCAAAUCUGCAGUAACAGAAGUGAGAACAAGACAAGGCUCAAGAGUAUUUACACAAAAAGAGAUGUGGACAAAAAGGAGGAGACAUUUACACACACGAAAGAAACAGCGACUUCGGGAAUGCAGGAUGGAAUGGUACCACCAGGGAAAGAUCACUCUUUAUAUGAGAAUCUACUAAUCAGGUGUGCAUCCCCCAGUGGGUUCUUUCCGGCUCGUAAGGACUCCAAAGGGGAGAAAUUUCCUCUGUCUCACAAAAAGGCCAUAACGCAAGACGGGCACAACUGGGCCAAAGAUGGAGGCAACAAAAUGGAGAAAAUCAGCGAAAGCAAAGAAAGCAACAAAAUCAGCCAAAUAAACCAAAUCAGCCAAAUACACCAAAUCAGCCAAAUAAACCAAAUCAGCCAAAUAAACCAAAUCAGCCAAAUAAACCAAAUCAACCAAAUAAAUCAAAUCAGCCAAAUAAACCAAACCAACCAAAGCAACCAAAUGAACACACCGUUCACCUGUACAUAUAAACAAAGAGACGCGCACAACAAAGAGCAUGAUCCGGAAGUGGACAACCUCCACACGAACGACUCACUCCGUAGGGAAAGACAAUUUAAAAUUCUAAGCUUUCCCAGUGAUGAAAAGGUGGUCACCCCCAACCCUGCCACUCCAAACAAUUCGACUCAGAACAAGAGACCCAAAAAGGGACGAAACAGAUCAGAAAUGACCAGCACCACCGCUAGAAAGAUUAACCAACCGGUUAACCAUUUCAAUAGUGCAGAUAAAAGGAACAUGAAAUGUGAACCCGUUUGGAGUAACCAUCUCAAAUGGGAUUCUUUCACCCAUAGUGUAUGUCCCAAUGACGAAACGUCGAAAGCGACUGAACAAGAGGUCACCCCGUCUGAGCGCACACAUGUUGGGAAUCCACCUCGAAAUGAGAAGCUUGAGCUGGGGGGGAAUUACAAAAUAAGACGAUUAUCAAACGGCGAAAUGGAGGGAAGCCUAAACCGAAUUGCCAUCUCGAUUGCAGCCUUAAAUGGGAAAUCUCAAUUCGGAAAGACCCCCGAGGAGGACUCCCCUCCGAGUGACCCCAAGAAACGUCGAUCCUAUGCUGAUGCUAGAUUGGACCACUUAAGCGGGGAGAAGGACAACCACUCCAACUCGAGAGAGCGCUGUAUCCGUCUCGCCGAUUUGGAGCAAGUAAAUAAGAAGACGCAGUUUCUGGAACGAGGAACUGGAGUCGACAAAAAAGGGGGGGGUCUCAAAGGUGUCGGUCGUAACUUUCCCCAUUUCGCUGCCCAAGUGGGGGAAGUAAAAUUGGGAAAAAAUAGCCACAGUGGUACUUGUCCUAAAGAAAUCGAAGCGAUGAACAGAAGUGAUUACCAUUUAGGGAGAGACCUUCACAAGGACAAUUUCACUAGUAGGACAAAUCUUCCCAUCGACUUCUUCACGAUGAAUGAGAAAAGAGACACCAAGGAUGAGAUUGCUACAACUGGAAGGAAGAAUUUAGCUACCCCCCUGAAAGUGCAACAUUUUGAAUAUUCUUUCCCAAAUGGGAGCAACUGUGAAGAAUUCCUGCCGCUGGAUGGUAGCCACUGUGAUGGAGAACUGCCCAACAGCUUGAGCAAUCCCUCUCCUGAAGAUGUGAAGAAGAGUACCAGCGAAGCCUUCACGAAGAAAUCCCAAAACAGCUAUCUCAUCGAGUGGUACCCAGGGUUUGACAUCCCGAUAGGAACCUAUGGGAGAGCCAUAUUGCGAAAAGCGCUACACCAAAAAAGAAUGACAGAUGUGAAGAUGUGUGACGAGCUUCUAUCAUCAAAUGGGUUAUUCCCUACUUCUAGAUCGACCUUCGGAGACAUGAAAAUAAGGGACCUGUACAGAGCUGCUCAUAUUUUAGGAGUAUGGAAUGUGGCGGAAAAAUAUUGCCUCCUCGCAUGCGAACGGAAUGGGUAUAAAAGGGAAUGGAUCGCUAUGCUGAAAGGGAGUGGCGUUAAGAUUACCAUCAAGGCACUCAAAGAAUUGAGGAGCAGGUACCUACUGACUAGUAAGAAUCUUUCAAUUUCCGGGAAGAAGGAUAAAAAUAAGAAGAAUAAUAUGAAUACGAAGAAUAAUAUGAAUACAAAGAAACGGGACGUCGGGGGGACCGACACAGAUAGGGCAGUUAGGACAAAAUUGGAAGGAGGUGUGCAACCCGGGGGUACCAUGUUAGAGGCACCUUCCGCCAUACCCAAAAAAGGUUCUCAUAGGUCCAAUUGCUCACAUGAUGGUAAAUCGGGUACUACACCAAGGGACGGUCUCUACAAUUCGAAAUGUAAGACGGAAAAUCAAACAUGCUACGAAAUAGAUCAACAGCAGAGCUACCUCUCCACAGUAGAAUCAAAAAAAGCAGACAGUAGAGGAACCCCAAACCAGCUACACAGUAGAACCCCCAGCCAGCUAAAUUGCACCGUUCCAAGGAACACUCUUCCUAGUGAACACAUGAACGGAUCCAAUGAAGCACUCCUGCGAAGAUUGAAAAAAAAUCAGAUUGGAAUAACUAAUGAUAGGAGUUUCCAAAGUGGUAGCGGUAGGAUCGGAAACACAGACUUCGCAAAUACGCAUAAGGAGAAGUUCUAUUCACCCCCCCAGAUGAGUAACACCGAUGGUGUAGUCUAUACAGCUGCUUCCAAUCACAUGAGCAUGGCUAGUACGAGUACCUCGCUAAGUAAAAUUCAGUUUGGGUACUCAACACAAGAUAGAUUUUCCAACAUGGUAGUAGGACCUGUAGGUGGAAGCCUGGCGGAGGAGUCUGAAAUGUCAAAUGAGAUAAGCGUGGAGAAUUGCAACCGGCUCCAGAACACCUGUCAUUCUUUUGAUACAAAUUUUGUGCAUGCAAGGAGAGAACUUAUUCAUCAAAAGUGGAACUCUAGUGGAAGGGCAUCAAUGGGAGAUACUGACCACAGUGCAGCAAUAACAAUUAGGGGGGACAAUACACUUCACGUGGGCAACAUUCCGGUAAUGGCACACCCCUCUACGUACGAAGGUAUGCGGAAUGAGCAUGCUUUAGAAAUGGGAAUGGUCAGUGAUCUCUUCCACACGGGGGUCACCACCGAUUCGUUUCAGUUUUGGAGCAACUCACAAAAUGGCAGUCGCUUCGUUGACGAGUAUAUGUAG